AACUUGCUUUUUAUUGUUCUGAUGGAGUCGUGGUCAGUUUGUCGUAUAAGAUCGAUGUCUAAAGAGUAACAUUGGUUAAUAACUUUAAUCGCAAUAGAACAUCGAAUAUAAAAAAUUUAAGAUGAAAUUAUUAGUUGGCUUUUUAUUGGGAUUUAUGACGCUAGUGCGGGCACAAUUUGAUCCAAAUCAGUGGAUCAACCGGAGUGGGAUAGUGCAUCUUUUCGAAUGGAAGUGGACAGAUAUUGCUGAUGAAUGUGAACGCUUUUUGGCCCCCAAAGGAUACGCAGGGGUUCAGAUAUCACCUCCGACGGAAAACUCGAUCGUAAAGGAUCCCAAGCGACCAUGGUGGGAGCGAUAUCAACCGAUAUCCUACAAACUCGAGACUCGAUCUGGCACAGAAAAGCAAUUUGCGAACAUGGUCCUUCGAUGCAAUAACGUCGGAGUGAGAGUUUAUGCCGACUUGGUUAUUAAUCACAUGGCCGCGAUCACUUCUAAUGGUGGUACGGGUGGAUCUACAGGCAAUGCAGGAGCAAUGCAGUUCCCUGCUGUGCCGUACGAGCGAAAUGAUUUCCAUGAGCCUUGUUCUAUCAAUAAUUACAACGACGCGCAGCAGGUUCGCAAUUGUCAGCUAGUUGGGUUGCCAGAUCUGAAUCAAACAACACCAUGGGUGCGCGACAGAAUCGUAGAUCUGAUGAACAAACUGAUUGAUUAUGGAGUAGCAGGAUUUCGAGUGGAUGCAGCGAAACAUAUGUGGCCAGCCGAUUUAAAAGUUAUCUUCGAAAGAGCCAAAAAUCUGAAUUCAAGUCAUGGAUUUAAAGCUGGUGCUCGUCCGUUUAUAGCGCAAGAAGUGAUAGAUUUGGGAGGUGAAGCGAUUUCGCGCUAUGAGUACACUGAUUCUGGAACUGUCACUGAGUUCCUUUAUUCAGUAGAGAUCGGACGAGCUUUCCUCGGUGGCAAUAAGCUAAAAUGGUUGAGCAGUUGGGGCAUUCCCUGGGGCUUUAUUUCUUCACAAUUGGCACUCGUAUUUGUUGAUAAUCAUGACAAUCAACGAGGUCAUGGUCCAGGUGGAAGUGGUAUUUUGACUUAUAAAAAUUCUAAGAGCUAUAAGAUGGCAAACGCAUUUAUGCUAGCUCAUCCAUUUGGUAUACCUCGCAUUAUGAGUUCGUUUGCAUUUGAUUCGUCGGAUCAGGGACCGCCUCAGGACGGAGAAGGUAAUCUCAUAUCACCAUCAAUUAACGCGGACGAUAGUUGUGGGAAUGGAUGGAUUUGCGAGCACCGUUGGCGACAGAUUUACAACAUGAUUGGUUUCCGUAAUGCCGUCGUGGGUACUCAAAUGAAUGAUUGGUGGGAUAACGGAAACCAGCAGAUAUCUUUCUGCCGUGGCGGGAAAGGAUUUAUUGCAUUCAACUUGGAUAGCUAUGCAUUUGAUCAAGAGUCUCAAACAUGCCUCCCGAAUGGAACUUAUUGUGAUGUAAUCUCUGGUAACAUAGUGAACGGAUCCUGUACAGGCAAAGUCAUAGCUGUUGGCCCAACUGGUUUGGCGAAGAUCAACAUUCCUGUUACCGCCGAAGAUGGUGUGCUGGCGAUACACGUUAACGCUCGUCUUUAAUGCUGAUCUGGACCUGUACACAGUUCAGUGUACAUAAUGCUUGCAUAUAAACAAAUUGGACAAAUCAGACAUCAUUUGUCAAAACCACGGUUUCCCACAUUCGAUUAUCCACAAUUUUCUACAGACCUGAUAAAUCACUUAAAAGGGACCAGGUCUCAGUUUUAUUGCGUCGUUAAAAAGCGAUCCUACCUCCAUGAAAACUCUGGAUGCUUGCAGAGUUACCGUUACCGUUAAUCCUCGGUCAGUUCAUUCAGGAUAGGCAAACAAUGCUCAAUAGGGGCAUAUUAUGGUUCUUUAUUACAGUAAGUGGUGUGGCAUCUGCGCGCCUCGUGUGGACUCCACGCAAAUUGCUGGUCGUAAAAGUCAAUGGCAAGCACCAAAAAGACUGAUGCACGUGAAACGUACCUAAGGAGCUGCCCCACCGAAGGGGGAGAAAAUGCAAAAUGGUUGAUGUCCAGGCAUGUUGAGGAGAGCUCACCAUGACGUGAUCACCGAGGUUCGCUGAGAAGUGAACCUAAUUAAUUAUAGUUUUAAAGCUAAAUGCAUUAUGCAACUUCUAUUGAAUAAUACUUGAAGACUAUGCAAAUAUCGUAAUCAUUAGUUGUUCUGAGUUAUUCAAUUGCAAGAAAAUUGAUUUCCCAUUAUCUUUAUUGAGGUACAUAUAGAGUAUAAUCAUGUCGCUUAGAGAAUAAAAUCUAUAUAGUUGAAGCAGCAGCAUUAAGUCGGAAUGAAUUUCACAUCAAAAGCUGCAAUUUUGUACAUGUAGGUAUACAGCACGGAAUUUUCUACUGAGAUCAUAGUUUGAGCAACGAUAUUUUAAAGAAAAAUAGAACAAUUCUGAUGUGAUAUUCAUGUUCUAUUAAUCAAUAUACACGCUAACUUUCACUUAAACUCAAAACUAUGAGUAGUUCUGCUUUUGAUAACAAUUGAGUAAAAUUUCCGUGGGAAGGAAAGAGACAGCAAUACAAUUUUACUCAGUCACUGAGUAGAUGAAAAUUAGAGUGUAUAUCAGAGGGCCCGCUGCGUAAUCAAAUCUGAUUUUUUUUUAAAUAUAAUGUCUGCUCUGGCCGCUGGCUUUGGGGCUCUAGUUAGAAGUUAUAAGUUAAGGUGAAUCUGGACCUGUUUCAGUGUGGCCAAUGGAUAUUGGAUUUCAAAUUUCCAGUUUUCCCGGUUUUCUCUCGAUAUUUUGCAAAAUUUCCCGAUUCCAAAUAAUAUAUACCUCUUUGAAAAAAAAAAAUCCAAAAGCCACGAAUUUAUAAAAACCAAAAAUAGAAAAGACUUUUUAUGUAAACAAUUAUACUGCAACUGCAAAAUUAAAUGCAAAAGAGUGGUUUCGGCUUGCUAAAUAACAUUAUUUGCUUAGCUCUCUUAGUGUGAUUUUUUAAGUAUAAAAUCAUGACAAAUUAUUCAGAAAUUGCGAUUCUGCAGGAAAAUAUCGCGAAUAUUUUUUUCAAGCAAAACAUUAUUUUUCAGGCAUUUCAAUCGUCAGAAAAAAAUAUUCUUAGCAUAAAGGCUUUUAAUUCAAUCAAUCCGCAAUCCAUUUUUCACAAACUUAAAAUUUUCACAUAUUCCAUACGAAGAACGUGGUUGAAAUUAUCGUGGUUGGAAAUUUUAUAAUUGAAAUAUAGAUAUUGAUAUAUUCUCACAAACUUGUAUUAAACAUUUCGAAUAAAAUAAUUUAAACUUUUUCAAGUAGCAACAUAGCUUAUCGUUUGAUUUAUUUAGGAUACUUACCAUACAUACAUGCAUACUUUUAAUAUUCGUUAUCAUAACACUUAUGCAUCUUGAAGAUCGUAAAAGACAAAUUUGAUUUUUUUGUUGAAUACCCAAAACCUAUAAAAUAAGAUUAUUGUUGAAACGAAGGCGUUUUCGAAGACGAAUCGAAUUUACUAAUUUAAAAUUAGGUCAAUUUCAAAUCAGAUUAAAUUUUAAAAAAUGCUUAAACACGCUCACAGUAAAAUUUAAAAUUAUAAAUUAAUUUCUAGGGUUUAUGAAUUCAUCAAUACAUGAC